AUGGCACCUAAGAAGAGAGGAAAACUGGAAGUACUUCUUGUUGAUGCUCAUGGAAUCACACAUACAAAUUUUAUUGGAAGUCCUGUGUAUUAUGUGUUUUUACAAUGUGGGACAAAGGAAUACCGAAGCAAAAUGUCAAAAGGUGAUAAUGACAACGCGUUGUGGAACCAAAAGUUUGUGUUCGAUUUCCAAAUGUCUCAAUGGAAGAAGCUGACCCACAUCAAGGUUAGAAUCAUGGACAAAGAGCUCUUCAAAGAUGGUGGAUUCGUCGGUGAAACCAUAGUUCAUCUUGGAGGGAUAAUAACCGAAGGACGUGACAAAGGAUACAUAGAAGUUAAACCAGCUCCAUACAAUGUUGUUCUUGAGGAUGGUACAUUUAAAGGCGGGCUAAAACUUGGAUUUAGAUUCACUGCAACGGAUAAAUUCCAUAUUAAGAAGGCAUGGGAAGUGAAGAUAGAGGGUAAAAACAGUGAAGAGCCAAUGGUUUCUCCAGUUCUGAAUCUGAUAAAACUCCCUUUGUUAAGGUUCACAGCUGCAUGGUCAAGAGUGCAAGCUGGUACCAUCAAUGCAGAACUUCUUUACUGUUUUGUUUGGUCGUCUAUAGCAAUUUUCUACCCGUAG